AUACUUUGCAUUUGUAUGUCAAAAUAACAUUUAAACCGCGGCUAACUUCACGCAUAUAACUUUUGUUGCUACACAUCAGAUACAGUGAUUUUUGUAUUGUCAUUGCUCCGGCUGGAAUUCAAUUGCACAAAAUGUUUCGUAAUCAAUAUGAUAGUGAUGUGACCGUAUGGAGUCCGCAAGGUCGGCUCCAUCAAGUCGAAUACGCAAUGGAAGCAGUUAAAUUGGGUUCGGCCACCGUUGGUUUGAAAAGCCGUGACUAUGCAGUUUUGGUUGCACUAAAACGUGCCUCAUCGGAGUUGGCAUCUUUUCAAAAGAAAAUCAUCCCAAUCGAUGACCAUUUGGGCAUUUCAAUUGCUGGUAUCACAGCUGAUGCACGUGUUUUGAGCCGUUAUAUGCGUCAAGAGUGUUUGAAUUAUAAAUUUUCAUUCGAUACAACUUAUCCGGUGGCUCGUUUAAUUUCAAAUUUGGGCAAUCGCAUGCAAACAUGCACACAACGUUACGAUCGCCGUCCAUACGGUGUUGGUUUGUUGGUCGCUGGUUAUGAUGAUCAAGGGCCACAAAUCUUUGAAGUCGUUCCAAGCGCCAAUUACUUCAGCUGCAAAGCCAUGUCGAUCGGUUCGCGUUCACAAAGCGCUCGAACAUAUUUGGAAAAACAUUUGAACUCAUUUGUUGAUUGUUCAAAAGAAGAAUUGAUCAAACAUGGUUUGGAAGCACUCAAGGGAACACUGCCAAACGAAGAUCUUCUUACUAACUCGAAUAUUUCAAUUGCGGUCGUUGGUAAAAAUGAGAAAUUCCACAUUUUGGACGACGAAGAGAAUGCCAGAUAUGUUGCAGCUGUUGAAAAGCGUUCCGGUCCACCACCCGAUAACGAUGAUGGAGGUUCUGGUGCUGUUGGUGGCAAUGAACCGCCGACAAUUGACGACUUCGAUGUACCACAUGAACAAGAUUCGGGGGACCCCCAAGUUCAAGUAGCAAUGGAAACAUAAACGCUCCAAAAAAUUCAUUGAAUCGCCUUCUAUUCAAUCCCCAUCAUGAUCAUUUGAUUGAAUAGCUGGAGCGAGAAUUCGAUAUUGAUUGAAUGAAUAAUUUACCCUUUUUACACCAAACAUUUCUAAAUCUUCGAAUUCUCCCUCCAAACAAAAUUUUAUGGAUUCGUUGUCUACUUUUUGAAUAACAUACAGAUUAUUCAACGGAGUAUUUUGCUUUUAUAUUAAUACUAAUCUAUCAACAAUAAAACAAAACAAAAUAAAAUGGGAAAAAUUGCCUGAAAUGGAAUAAAACACACUGAUCACAUUUCGUUAAAAUAA